AUGCCAGCGGCUGCGGCUCGCGCGCCGGCGGCAGAGCGGCGGGGCGAAGCAACGGUGGCAGAGCGAGCGGAGCAGCGGCGGCCGAAGCAUGCCGGCAAUAGUGGGGCGGGCAGAGAGGAAGGAGGUGAGGAGGCUAGGGAGCGGGCUGAGGAGGGAGGAGACCGGCGAGGGAGCGUGGAGGCCGGAAGAGUCGUCGGAGUCAUCCCCCAGCCGCCGCCGUCGUCGUUCGAGCCGCUCCCGUCGGAGUACGAUGAGCCCAGGCUCCCCUCCACUGUCCCCUCCUCCUGCCGCCUCGAGCUCUGGUGGGCGCGGUGGGGAGGGCGAGACGGGCGCGGGCGCCGAGGUCCCGAGGACAUUGAAGAUGACGACGGCAAGCUCGGGUGUGCACGCCGACCUCCCGACGGCCCGAGAGAGAGGUAUGAGAGGAGGGCACUUCGUCGCCCUCGCCACUUCGCCGCCCUCCGCUGCGACAGGGGGGCAUGGGCGCCGUCAGGCCCGCCGGCCACCUGCUGCCUCUCCACCACGCCUGCCGCGCCCCCGCCACGCCCCCGCCACGCCUGCCGCCUGCCCCGGCACCACCACUCCCGCCGCGCCCUCUGCCGCGCUCGGCGCCCGUCCGCGCGCCGCUGCCACCGUGACAGGGGGGCAUGGGCGCCGUCAGGCCCGCCGGCCACCUGCUGCCUCUCCACCACGCCUGCCGCGCCCCCGCCACGCCCCCGCCACGCCUGCCGCCUGCCCCGGCACCACCACUCCCGCCGCGCCCUCUGCCGCGCUCGGCGCCCGUCCGCGCGCCGCUGCCACCGUGACAGGGGGGCACGAGCGCCGUCACGCCCGCCGGCCACCGGCCGCCUCUCCACCACGCCCGCCGCCUGCCCCGGCCCCACCACUCCCCGCCACGCCACCCGCCGCGCCCGUGGCCCCGCUCGCCGCCCUUCCGCGCGCCGCUACCGCCGCGACAGGAGGGCACGGGCGCCGUCACGCCCGCCGGCCACCGGCCGCCUCUCCACCACGUCCGCCGCGCCCCCGACCCGCCCGCCGCCUGCCCCGGCCCCACCACUCCCUGCCGCGCCCGUCGCCGCGCUCGCCGCCCGUCCGCGUGCCGCUGCCGUCGCGCACUGCCCGUUGACGCACGCCUGA